AAAAAAAAAAAAGUCAUAAUUAAUCCUAUCCAAAUAAUUUAAUCCCUGGUGGAUUUUUCUCUUUUGAAAUAAAGCAUCCCACUUUUCAUUCUUUUUAAUAAAAUCCCUUUACCUUUCAAAUUAAUUAAAAAAUCUUUCUUUCUCAACUUCCAUCAAUAAAAUAAAAAUGGUUAAUACUUCGUGGAUCUUAUUAAACACGCUGCGCGUGCUCUCAAUCUUCUCAUUGAUGCUAGUAAUAGCAACAUGUAUAAUAGUAAAUGUAAAAGGAUUUCAUGGCUUGGGCCGAAGUAAUACAAUAUUCCAAUUUUUCGUUCGAUGCUUUAUUGCUAUAGAAGCAUUGAUCUUAAUAUUCACAGAAUUGGGAUGGCCAAAACGAAUUUUCGCUUGGUUCCCAAUGUUGGACUCAUGGACUUUCUUCGGUUUCUUACAAAUUUCAAUGGGCUCACUUAUUCUUGGAUAUGAUAGUGGAAUAAAUAGUCAAAAUUUUUUGGGUCAAAGUUUAUUCAUUUUUAUUGUUGUGCCUGGUUGGUUUGUAUUUAUAAUUGGAAUAAUUUAUAUGUUAUGUGGUACUUUCGGUGGUAAAUCCUUAAAAAAUAAACGAGUAAUUGGUAGAGGUUCUGAAAAAUCUUCACCUCCUUCUUAUACUGUAUAACUAAAUUAAUUAUUCGCCAUUCGGUUUAAAAAAAUUUGUAUUCAGCGUGAAGAUAUUAUGUAAUUCAUGUUUAAAAUUAUUUCUUUCUGACUUUAUAAUACUUUAUAGAUUUUUCCUUAAAAAAAAGUGGAUGUAAAUUAUAAUAAAGAGAAAAAUCAACCAAAAGGGUUUGAUAAUAGGAUUAACUAUUUUAUCGUAUUACAAAAUGAAAAUAUAAAUUGAUAUAAAUUGUAAAAAAUU